AUGGUGGAGGCUCAGUCAUGGACCACUCGCCGGAGCAGCAAUCCUAGGUUAGAAACCUCCGUCGACAUCCCGACCACGCCCACCGGUGAAGUCCGUUACGGCACCAGCAACAACAUUUUCGCGGCCUUAUCUAUCACAUCAGUCGUUUCUCCGACAAUCUUAACGGCUCUGAUCAUCGCGUCAUGGUACUUAUCCAACAUCGGCGUCCUCCUCCUCAACAAAUACCUUCUCAGCUUCUAUGGCUUCAGAUACCCGAUCUUCCUCACAAUGCUUCACAUGAUCUCCUGUACUUUCUACAGCUUGAUCGCAAUCCGGUGGUUCCAGAUCGUUCCGUUUCAACAGAUUUCAUCUCGAAAACAGUUUUUUAAAAUAUUCGCAUUAUCCGCAAUUUUCUGCUUCUCAGUCGUUUGUGGAAAUACCUCACUCAGAUACCUGCCUGUUUCAUUCAACCAAGCUAUUGGAGCAACGACGCCAUUUUUCACCGCGAUCUUCGCUUUCCUGAUCACUUGUAAGAAGGAGUCUGCUGAGGUAUACUUCGCUUUAAUGCCAGUUGUAUUCGGAAUUGUUUUGGCGAGUAACAGCGAACCAUUGUUUCAUUUGUUUGGAUUUUUGAUGUGCGUGGGAUCCACCGCUGGCAGAGCGUUGAAGUCGGUGGUUCAAGGAUUGUUGUUGACGUCGGAUUCGGAGAAACUCCAUUCAAUGAAUCUCUUAUUGUAUAUGGCGCCAAUGGCGGCCGCGAUUUUGUUACCUUUUACUUUGUAUAUAGAAGGGAAUGUGUUGGGCAAGACAUUAGAGAAAGCGAAAAGUGAUUCGUUUAUGGUGUUUCUGUUGAUCGGAAAUGCUACAGUGGCGUAUUUGGUGAACUUGACGAACUUUUUGGUGACGAAGCAUACGAGUGCAUUGACAUUGCAGGUGUUAGGAAACGCCAAGGCUGCUGUUGCAGCGGUGGUUUCUGUAAUGAUUUUCAAAAAUCCGGUGACGGUGAUGGGGAUUUCCGGUUUCGGGGUGACGAUAAUGGGAGUUGUUCUUUACAGCGAGGCAAGAAAAAGAUCUAAAGUCACAGUUCACUGA